GGUACAUACAAGAGGAUGUUUAUGUAAGCCUCCUGGAUUUACUGAUUUUAAACAUCCUGAUCAUGUCUAUAAGCUUAACAAAGCAUUGUAUGGACUCAAACAAGCUCCUAGAGCUUGGUUUGAACGCCUUACAACAUUCCUUCUAGAGAAUUCAUUUGUUCAAGGAAGCAUAGACAAAACUCUAUUCACCAAACAAGUAGAAAGUAAUAUUCUUCUGGUUCAAGUCUAUGUCGAUGAUAUAGUAUUUGGAUCCUCUGAUCCUUCUCUAUGCACCUCCUUCUGUGAAACUAUGAAGUCAGUCUUCGAAAUGAGUAUGAUGGGAGAAUUGAAAUUUUUUCUUGGGCUCCAAGUCAAACAGUCUGCUUCUGGUAUCUUUAUUAAUCAGUCAAAAUAUCUUCAAAACAUGCUAAACAAAUUUGACUUAAACAAUGUUAAAAUUAGUGUCACCCCUAUGGCUGUAAAUCUCAAGUUGAAUAAGGAUGAAACAGGAGUGCCUGUAGAUGAAAAAAGAUAUAGAGGGAUGAUAGGGUCCUUACUCUACCUCACUGCUAGUAGACCAGACAUACAGUAUAGUGUAUGUAUCUGUGCUAGGUUCCAGUCAACUCCUAAAGAAAGCCAUCUAACGGCUGUUAAGAGAAUUUUUAGAUACUUAAAAGGCACUUCAGAAGUAGGCCUUUGGUACCCCAAAAACAAUGACUUCUCUCUAAUAGGCUACAGUGAUUCAGACUUUGCAGGGAGUUUAACUGACAGAAAAAGUACUACAGGCACGUGUCAAUUUGUAGGAACUUCUCUAGUCUCUUGGUCAUGCAAAAAACAGGGAGCUGUAGCACUUUCAACAGCUGAGGCAGAAUAUAUUGAUGCAGGCAGCUGUUGUACUCAGCUAAUAUGGCUUAAGAACCAAUUAUAAUGUGACAAUCAACUCAAUACCUCUUCUGUGUGAUAACACCAGUGCAAUCUGUAUGUCAAAAAAUCCGGUUCAGCAUUCAAGAACUAAACACAUUGAAAUUAAAUACCACUUUAUUAGGGAUUUAGUUCAGCAAAAUACCAUAAGUAUUAGUCAUAUCCCUACAGAAUAUCAACUAUCAGACUUAUUUACCAAGGCUUUAAAUGCAGACAGAUUUACUUUUCUAUGUUAUGAGAUUGGUUUAAGAUCUCCAGACAAUCUGGAGGAUCUCCCUUGACUGCUCGGUGCCUAAUUGAUUGUAUCUUUCUUUUUUUUGCUGUGUUUAUUUACUUUUUUUGUGUCUUGCCCCUUUUAGUUCUUCCUGUUUAGUUUCUGCAAUUAUCUAUUUAAGCAUGCUUGAGUCUCUAUUAUAAUUAUCCUUUCUCGGUUUUAGAAGUCUUCCUGUCUUAGCUAUGGUACUAGGGUUCUCCAAAACUUUCACAGGUACUCUCUUUCACGAUCCCAUCCCAGCCAAUGCUCAGCGUCACUCCAUCUCUUUUGCUCAUCGUCCUUUCAUACCUACUCAUCAUAUUCCUUUUGCUGAACUCAUAGAAUAUGGUCUAGAUGUAACUGGGUUUGUUCACAAUCUGGGCUGGGAUUUUCUGAUUAAUGAUACUCCUGAGCAUAUAUGCCCUGAAGGUGUACGUCUAUUCUUCUCCAAUUUUCGAUCUUUUGGGCUUCAUACUCGUACUUUUACCACUCUGAUCUAUGGAAAUCUUGUUACUAUUCCCCUCGAAAAUCUUAGGCGUCUUCUCAAUAUUCCUAGGUUUGGAGAAAUACUGGCCAAUGACUCUGAAUUUCCUCUGUUCAAUUUUGAUAUUGUUCAGGAAUUUGUCCUCCUCACUGGUCACGAGCCAGAUGCCUAUCUUACGUUGCCUACUGCUUUCCUUUUUCCAUCCCUGCAUACAUUUCAUUAUCUGUUGACUAGGAGGUUUCUUCCUCGAACUGUUCUUCUGGAUCGAGUCACUCCUCUUGAUCUUUGGGUUCUGCAACAUGCAGUUCAAAAUGUUCCCCUUGACUAUUGUCAUCUUCUGUUCGGGCACCUUUAUCCCUUCCAGCAAUUCGAGUAUCUGGGCCAUCUUCCCUUAGGUCCACUGAUCACUCGUCUCAUUAUUCGCCUUCAUAUCUCCUUGGAUCCCUUCCGAAUCAUUACUCCCAAUGUAUAUCUCUCUGCCGAUGAUAUUCUUGACGAGAUUGCGCUUGCCGUUGAGGGGGAGGAUGCUGAUGCUGAGAGUGACAGUACUGAUAGUGAUAGCUCUGAUGACGACGGUCCGAUGGAAGAGCCAGACAAGGAGGAUAUGGUAGUUGCUGAGCCUGAAGGAGAUGAUGUCCCUGAAAUUGAAGUUCACUGGGUCAGCAGCAAUGACAAAUCUGAUAGCAGUAACUCAGAUGAUGACUCUUCCUCUAGUGCUCCAUCUCUGGCAGAGGUCUUGGCGGAUCUCAGGGAUGCAUAUUAUUCCGAGUGACUUAGUUACUGUUUGUUCAGUGUCUGAAUGGUUCUGACUUCGAUGGUUGAACUUGUUGGUCUUUCCUGCUCAUCUAGACUGGUUUGCUGGGCGUGUUUUCUCCAGCUAGUUAUUUUUCCUUGUUCAACUGGUUGUUACUUUUUGUCGGAUGAUCUUACCAGCUGGUUUUAAAUUGUGUUUGCUUGGACUACCUGUCUGUGGUUUUUGUUUUGCUCUGGGAAAGCUAUAUAUGUUUUGCAGGGUUCAAGCGGCAAAUCAGCAAUCUCUGACUUAGGGGGAGAUUGUUGGAUCAAGAGAUCUCAAUCAGAUCAAGUCACGAGAUUGCUCUGGCAAAUUAGAGAGAUCAUAGGCGAUUGAAGCUGCAAUCAAGGGGGAGCAGCCUGGCAACUUAUUAGACUUUCCUUUGCUGGAGAUUUUUGAAUGCCAACGGCUCCUGUCCUGAAGCUCUUUAAAAGGAAGUGUGCAGUCUGAAUUCUUUACGGUUUGGGAACUCCUUGUGGAAGAGGGCAAGGGUUUGGGAAAUCGUCUGUGGCUUUGAUUCACUGAGGAAUAGGUUCAGUUAAUCAAAGGUGUAAGUGAAUUCCUGCGAGAAUUCGGUCCUAGUCUCCAUAGCUUUUGAUUUUCACAUUCUGUCUGUACUCGAGUCUUCUUCUUUCCCUUCCUUUCUAAAAACCAGAAAAUCAAAAGUGUCUCUCGGAAUAGUGUCUACUAUUCCGGGACGAGGAGUAGCCCUGUGGUGAACCUCGUAAAAAUCUCGCUGUGUAUUUCGUUUUCUGCUGUUUCCCUGCUUGCUCGAUUUCUGCUUCCUCUGUUCUUCUCUUCCCCUGUUUCUGUUCUUUCUGAAACUGAGAGGAAGAAGACUUGCUUUGGUCUUCUCAGCUUCUGGGCUCGGGCUUCGAUUGAGUCUUCGGCCCAGUCGCUUGUGACCUGUUUGUUGGGCUUCUCUUCAGAGGUCCACCGAGUAUAAUCAUCUCAUAUCAAACGAAUUUGGUCAGUGUCGUUUUGAUAAGAGACUGAGGUCGACAAUUGGGGAGCUUGGUCAAAAUCCCUAAUCGGGUUUGCUCCUUUCAUUUCCCGAUCGACUACUCUUCUACCUCUCUACAGUUAAACCCAAGAAACAUCUCAAUUCCUUCACCAUCUUGGAUACUGGCAAAAAAAAAAAAAAAAACAUGACCUCUAUUUUAUUGAGUGUUGCAAGAUUGUAUCAAUCUUUGGCCUUGGUAGUUUUGUCGACCAGAAAACAGAGUUCUUGUAACAAAGUAAAAAAAAAAACCAAGUAAAUGUAUACGAGUCAUCAAAAUCAUAUCCAUAUAAGUUCUAGAGAACAGUAAAAAAGUUGGAGGAUGACGCACCAGAGGUUGAGGAAACUGUGGAGUUGUCAAACCCAUCUAGAGCUUAAAGAGAAGCGACAAAGAGUACAAGGAAGAAAUGCUGGAGGGAAGAAGUAGUGGAAGAACCUAAUUAAUAGUAGGAAAGGAAGGAGGCUAUUAGCCAUAAGGGUUAGGAGGUCGUCAGGAGGAUGGCUAGUCAGAUAAUUGAUGGCUUCAUGAGCAAGCUAAGUUUAAUUUAUGGUGGAACAACUCAGAUUCAUUAGCCAGGAUUGCACUGCCACCAGGGAAGUUCAAGAGUCGUCAAAGAUAUUGGAUGGGAAUGGUGAUCAUGUUGGAAAUGAAAGAAAGAAAGGACU